UGGCCAUGCCAUCACCAGGCAAAAGUUCCAGCGCGAGGGCGUUGACGGCGCGCGGCGGACGUCCCCACGCCCCAGCUGCACCCGCUCACUUUGAAUUUGGCUGUCCAUCAUGACCAUCUUACCCAUACCAUCGCGGUCGUGGGUCGCCCACUUGGACUGGAUUCGUCAAUACAACAUACGUCGCGACCUCAAGUUUGACGUGAUCGCUGGUAUUACCGUCGCCAUGAUGCUCAUUCCGCAGGAAGUCUCGUUCUCCAACAUUAUGCGUGUUCCGACGGAGCACGGUCUGUACACGGCUGCUCUCACGCCUGUGUUGUACGCGUUCUUUGGCUCAUCGCGCGUCCUGUCCGUGGCCAACGGCGCCGAGGUCAGUCUCAUGGUCGGCACGGCCAUGCAAACCAUCAAAUCGGAGAAGGAACGCAUCGCGGUCGGCAUCUUCUUGUCCUUUUAUAUCGGGCUCAUCAAUGUCACGCUGGGCUGUUUGAAGCUCGGGGUCGUGGCCGACUUCUUCUCGCGCCCCGUCAUGGGCGGCUUCCUGUCCGCCGGUGGCGUGCUCAUCAUGAUCACUCAAUUGUCGGCGUGGUUCGAGCUCACACUGCCGUCGUCGUCGUACCCGCUGCAAACGGUAAUGAAUGUCGUCCUUCACAUAAACGAAGCGAACCCAAACUCGGUCGUUGUCGGGGCCGUCUCGAUCGUUGUGCUGGCCAUGAUGAAGUACGCCAAGCGGCACUGGAUUCCGAACCCGAGCUUGAAGCAAAUCUUUAACGAGUCCCCCGCCGUCCGCGACUCGGUCAACCCGAACGAUGUCGACGUCCAGACCCCGACCGAAGGCGAGAACCCCACUUGGGGCUUCUCUCUCGACGACGACCAGUACGCAUCCCUGGACCCGGCUCCUCUUGCAACUAAGACGCCCAGCGCGACGAUGACAGCCAAAUCUCGCCAUGUUGUCUUCUUUGCCCUCCGCACCAUGUGCGACCUGGGGCCAUUGGUCAUUUGCUUGUUUGGGAUGCUCGUGGGCCAGUCCCUGGGGGAAAAACGCAUCAAAGUUACGGGUCAUGUCCCGGGGGGGCUUCCGUCCCCCAAAUUCCCGUGGUAUGGCUACACGGACGACAUUAUCAAGACGCAGUCGUUCUCGGACGUGACUGUCAACGCUCUUUCGAUUGCGCUGAUCGUGUACAUGACAAGCAUUGCAAUGGCUAAGCGGCUGGCACUGCGCGAUGGGUACGAAGUGCACCCGACCAACGAAUUCAUCGGUCUCGGGAUGGCGAGUGCCCUCGGGUCGUUCUUCCAGAUCAUGCCCCCCACGGGGGGGAUGUCGCGCACGGCCGUCAACAUGCAGAGCGCGCGCACGCAAGUUGCGUCGGCCAUCACGGUCACCGUCAUCAUCGUGGUGCUCAUGGUGGGCACAGACUCGCUGUACUAUUUGCCCAAGUCGAGCUUGGCGGCGAUCAUUAUCGUGGCAGGGUUCUGGUUGAUUGAGAUCGACGAAGCAAAGUGGCUGUUCCGAUCCAAACGCGACGAGUUUUACGUGUGGUUGGUCUCGUUUCUGGCCACGAUCGGCCUCGGCAUCCUCGCCGGCCUCGGAGCCUCCAUCGUGUGCUCGCUCAUCGCGCUCAUGAUCAAGACAAAGCGCCCCCUCGUGUACUCGGUGGGCCGCAUGGAAGACUCGGGGGUGUACGUAAGCGCGCAAGACAAUCCGGACGCUGAGAUCGCGCCGGACACGAUCGUGAUGCGGGUUGAAGGGUCGCUGUACUUUGGCAACAGCGAGUACGCGAUGCAAGUCGUGUUGGCCCACGUCGUGCUCCAUGACAAGGUCCAGGCAAUCGUGAUCGACGCCACAUACAUCCACGACAUGGACGCGACGACGCUCCAAAUGAUGGACACGAUUCUGUUGAAACUACACCCCAUCAAACUCGCGUUUGCCAACGCGCAGCCGCAUUUGGCGCAAGUCAUCAAGGGCAGUGGCCUCACCGACAAGUUGUCGGUGCCAGACGUCACGGAGUCCAUCGACCACACCAUCGCUCGCCUGCGUGCGCUCGACGUUGCUGGCGUUGCAUUCUAGUCGGGCAUUUGCUAGCACGUAAUGUGAAAUUUUCUACGUCA